CGUAGCCCCCUCCCUCCCGGUCAGUCCCGAAGAGUUGCCCGGUGGCCGCGGCAGACGGAAGCCGAGCGAGAGUCUCGGCAGCUUCAGGAUGGGGGACUCCAAAGUGAAAGUGGCCGUCCGGAUCCGGCCCAUGAACCGAAGAGAAGUUGACUUACAUACCAAAUGUGUGGUGGAUGUGGAUGCAAACAAGGUUAUUCUUAAUCCUGUAAAUACUAAUCUUGCCAAAGGAGAUGCCCGAAGCCAGCCAAAGGUGUUUGCAUAUGAUCAUUGUUUUUGGUCUAUGGAUGAAUCUGUCAGAGAAAAGUUUGCAGGUCAAGAUGAUGUUUUCAAAUGCCUUGGGGAGAAUAUUCUUCAGAAUGCUUUUGAUGGCUACAAUGCAUGUAUCUUUGCCUAUGGACAGACUGGGUCUGGAAAAUCUUAUACCAUGAUGGGCACAGCUGACCAACCUGGAUUAAUCCCGAGACUUUGCAGUGGACUCUUUGAACGGACUCAGAGAGAGGAAAAUGAAGAGCAGAGUUUUAAAGUAGAAGUGUCCUAUAUGGAAAUUUAUAAUGAGAAAGUUAGAGACCUUCUUGAUCCAAAAGGAAGCCGUCAAACGUUAAAAGUCAGAGAGCACAAUGUAUUGGGACCCUAUGUUGAUGGACUUUCUAAACUGGCUGUCACAAGCUAUAAGGAUAUUGAGUCUUUGAUGUCUGAGGGUAACAAAUCUCGUACAGUUGCUGCCACCAACAUGAACGAAGAGAGCAGCCGAUCCCAUGCAGUCUUCAAAAUCACCCUCACACAUACUUUGUACGACAUUAAGUCUGGGACGUCCGGAGAGAAAGUGGGCAAGCUGAGCUUGAUAGACUUAGCUGGCAGCGAGCGAGCCACCAAAACUGGAGCUGCAGGUGACAGGCUGAAGGAGGGCAGCAACAUCAACAAGUCCCUCACAACCCUCGGUCUGGUUAUCUCAGCACUAGCAGAUCAGAGUGCUGGCAAAAACAAGAAUAAAUUUGUUCCGUAUCGUGAUUCAGUUCUCACUUGGCUGCUGAAAGACAGUCUUGGGGGUAACAGCAAGACAGCCAUGGUAGCAACUGUGAGUCCGGCAGCUGAUAACUAUGACGAAACCCUUUCAACUCUGCGGUAUGCAGAUCGCGCCAAGAACAUCGUGAACCAUGCUGUGGUGAAUGAGGAUCCUAAUGCACGAAUUAUCCGAGAUCUCCGGGAAGAAGUAGAGAAACUCCGAGAGCAGCUAACCAAAGCAGAGGCAAUGAAAUCUCCAGAGCUAAAAGACCGGCUGGAAGAAUCAGAGAAGCUAAUCCAGGAAAUGACUGUGACCUGGGAGGAGAAAUUAAGGAAAACUGAGGAGAUUGCACAGGAGCGACAGAAACAGCUUGAGAGCCUUGGAAUAUCUCUUCAGUCUUCUGGAAUUAAAGUCGGGGAUGAUAAAUGUUUCCUUGUUAAUCUGAAUGCUGAUCCUGCUCUGAAUGAACUUCUGGUUUACUAUUUAAAGGAACAUACAUUGAUAGGUUCAGCAAAUUCCCAGGAUAUCCAACUAUGUGGAAUGGGAAUUCUUCCUGAACAUUGUAUUAUAGACAUCACAUCAGAAGGCCAGGUUAUGCUGACUCCUCAAAAGAAUACCAGAACAUUUGUAAACGGCUCUUCUGUGUGCAGUCCCAUACAGCUACACCAUGGGGAUAGGAUAUUAUGGGGAAACAACCACUUCUUCAGACUGAAUUUGCCUAAGAAGAAAAAGAAAGCAGAUCGAGAAGAUGAGGAACAGGACACCUCCAUGAAGAAUGAUACCAGUUCUGAGCAGCUGGAUGUAGACGGAGACUCCUCCAGUGAGGUGUCCAGUGAAAUCAACUUCAAUUAUGAAUAUGCACAGAUGGAGGUUACCAUGAAGGCUCUGGGCAAUAAUGAUCCAAUGCAGUCAAUACUGAACAGCCUGGAACAGCAGCAUGAAGAGGAGAAGCGCUCUGCCUUGGAGCGCCAGAGGCUUAUGUACGAACACGAAUUGGAGCAGCUUCGAAGAAGGCUGUCUCCUGAGAAGCAAAACUCUCGCUCCAUGGACAGAUUUUCUUUCCACUCACCCAGCGCCCAGCAGCGAUUGAGACAGUGGGCCGAAGAGAGAGAAGCAACACUGAAUAACAGCCUAAUGAGGCUGAGGGAGCAAAUUGUUAAAGCCAACCUGCUGGUGAGAGAAGCUAGUUACAUUGCAGAAGAACUGGAUAAAAGAACAGAGUAUAAAGUAACUCUGCAGAUUCCAGCCUCCAGCCUUGAUGCCAACAGGAAGCGAGGCUCUCUUCUUAGUGAGCCCGCCAUCCAGGUGAGAAGAAAAGGAAAAGGAAAGCAGAUUUGGUCUUUGGAAAAACUGGACAACAGGUUGUUGGAUAUGAGAGACCUUUAUCAGGAGUGGAAGGAGUGUGACGAGGAUACCCCAGUAAUACGGUCUUACUUCAAGCGAGCUGAUCCAUUCUAUGAUGAACAGGAGAAUCAUAGUCUCAUUGGCGUGGCUAAUGUCUUCCUUGAGUCCCUCUUCUAUGAUGUGAAGUUACAAUAUGCGGUUCCCAUUGUGAACCAGAAAGGAGAGGUGGCAGGUCGGCUGCAUGUAGAGGUGAUGCGAAUCAGUGGUGAUGUUGGGGAAAGAAUUGCCGGAGGUGACGAUGCCACAGAGAUCUCCUGUGAUAAGGAAACCCAGGAGAACAAGCUGGUAUGCAUGGUUAAAAUACUCCAAGCCACUGGGUUGCCACAGCAUCUGUCCCACUUUGUAUUCUGCAAAUACAACUUCUGGGAUCAGCAGGAGCCAGUCAUUGUUGCACCCGAAGUGGAUACCUCAUCCUCUGCUGUCAGCAAGGAACCUCAUUGCAUGGUGGUCUUUGAUCAUUGCAAUGAGUUUUCUGUUAAUAUCACUGAAGACUUUAUCGAGCAUCUUUCAGAAGGGGCAUUGGCAAUUGAAGUAUAUGGACACAAGAUGAAUGAUCCUCGGAAAAACCCAGCCCUGUGGGAUCUGGGGAUUAUCCAAGCAAAAACACGUAGUCUUCGGGACAGAUGGAGUGAAGUCACCAGGAAAGUGGAAUUCUGGGUUCAAAUCUUGGAGCAGAACGAGAAUGGUGAAUACUGCCCUGUUGAAGUAAUUUCUGCUAAGGAUGUGCCAACAGGAGGAAUCUUCCAACUCCGGCAGGGGCAGUCCCGGCGAGUUCAAGUGGAAGUGAAGUCUGUGCAGGAAUCUGGGACGUUACCAUUGAUGGAAGAAUGUAUAUUGUCUGUUGGCAUUGGAUGUAUCAAAGUUAGACCGCUCAGAUCCCCCAAGAUGCAUGAGCUCUUCCAUGAGGAAGAGGAGGACAUGGACAGCUACCAGGAUCGGGAUUUAGAGAGACUACGUAGAAAAUGGCUAAAUGCAUUAACCAAACGUCAAGAGUACUUAGAUCAACAAUUGCAAAAGCUUGUCAGUAAACAUGAUAAAACAGAGGAUGAUGCUGACCGUGAAGCUCAGCUUCUAGAGAUGAGGUUGACUCUGACUGAGGAGAGGAACGCGGUGAUGGUGCCCUCUGCUGGCAGCGGGAUCCCAGGGGCCCCAGCAGAAUGGACCCCCGUUCCCGGGAUGGAAACACACAUUCCUGUUAUAUUCCUUGACUUAAAUGCUGAUGAUUUCAGCUCUCAGGAUAAUCUUGAUGACCCCGAAGCUGGUGGAUGGGACGCUACCCUUACUGGGGAAGAAGAGGACGAGUUCUUUGAACUGCAGAUUGUAAAACAUCAUGAUGGAGAGGUGAUAGCAGAAGCCUCUUGGGACUCUGCAGUGCACAGUUGUCCUCAGCUCAGUAAGGGCACACCUGCGGAAGAGCGAGUGUUUCUCAUUGUGCGGGUGACGGUCCAGCUCAGCCAUCCGGCUGACAUGCAGCUGGUCUUACGCAAACGAAUCUGUGUCAAUGUUCACGGCCGGCAGGGUUUUGCUCAGAGUCUCAUAAAAAAGAUGUCACAUCGAAGUUCUAUUCCUGGUUGUGGAGUGACUUUUGAAAUUGUCUCCAAUAUUCCAGAGGAUGCCCAGGGAGUAGAGGAGCGAGAAACAUUAGCAAGAAUGGCAGCUAAUGUUGAAAACACGGCUUCUGCUGACUCAGAGGCUUAUAUUGAAAAAUACCUCCGAAGCGUGCUGGCUGUGGAGAAUCUCCUCACUCUGGAUCGUCUUCGCCAGGAAGUUGCAGUGAAGGAACAGCUGACGGGAAAAGGGAAGCUGAAUAGGAGGAGCAUUAGCUCUCCUAACGUGAACAGAUUGUCCAGUAGCCGACAAGAUCUUAUUCCAUCCUACAGUCUAGGCAGCAACAAGACUUCCUGCAUUCUUCAGUUUUCAGAGACCCAGGGAGAGGGCCGGUGGGAAAGUCAACAGGAUGUAUCACAAGCUGCAGUUUCCAGAGGAGUAGCUCCAGUUGCCCCAUCGCUCCCUGUUUCUCCCCAAAAUAACCAUUCUCCUGACCCAGGACUUGGUAGCCUGGCGGCCUCCUACUUGAAUCCGGUAAAAUCCUUUGUGCCACAGAUGCCGAAGCUGCUGAAGUCUCUCUUCCCUGUGCGUGACGAGAAAAGGGGCAAACAGCUGUCUCCCCUCGCACAUCAGCCGGUGCCCCGAAUCCUGGUGCAGUCUGCCCUCCCGGAUGUCGGGCCGAUCAGGAUGGCGGAGCUACAGGCUCACCAAGAGGGCGUGCAGAUUAGCGCGGCUCCUGACGGGGCUGUGCAGACGGCCCCUGUGGCGAAGAUCUGCGACAGACCAACCAAAGCGCCUCCCCAGCAGGCCGUCCCUGCCAACACCCAGGCCCCGGACACUCAGGAGGGGCCGCCCAGCCCCCUGAGCGAGGCCUCCAGCGGGUACUUUUCCCACAGUGUUUCCACCGCCACGCUGUCUGAUGCACUCAUCCCUGGCCUGGAUGCCGCUGCCCAGGCUGGCGGGCAGACGCCCGGCUCGCCCCCUCCUGCCCUCUGCCAGGACAGCCCAGAGGCCGAGCUCCCGCUUCCACCUGCAACGGCCAGCACAGACAGUCUUUCUGCCCAGUUGGAGGCUCAGAGCAGCCUUCAGUCACUGCCCGGCCCGGCGAAGCAGAAUGCUCGGGGCGGCAGCAGUGGUGCAUCUGAGGCUAAGGAAGCAGGUUCCUGGGAGAAGCCAAACAAAGAAGCCAGCGCUUCUCCAACUUGUCUUCCCACCUCUGCCCCCCAGAACGAAUCACCCAGCCAGCAGAGUGGAGAAGUUUCCUCUGCCACCCAGCAGCCAGGAAGACCCCAGGACCAGGCGAAGCCGGCCACUGGCUUGGAGCUGGAUGUCUGCAAACCACAGCUGCCUUCUGAUCUCCUGCCUCAGGCGCCUGCCCCAGCAUCUCCGUUCAGAAUCCGGAAGGUGAGGACCUCGGAGCUGAAGUCGUUCACGCGCAUGCUCGGCGGAGAGCCCGGCUGCCCCUCUGGUGCUGAGGAGGACCCCCUGGUCCCUGGGGGGCCGGGCAGCGGCAGCUCUGGGGGACAGGCCCUGGGAAAGCCAGAAGUCUCCUCAGAUUCUGAAGAAGCCAGCGAAGUCCCCGAGUGGCUCAAGGAGGGAGAAUACGUUACCGUGGGCACCAACAAAACGGGCAUCGUGAGGUACAUCGGGCCGACGGACUUUCAGGAGGGCACGUGGGUCGGCGUGGAGCUGGACUUACCUUCAGGUAAGAACGACGGCUCCAUCGGAGGGAAGCAGUACUUCAGGUGCAACCCUGGCUACGGGCUGCUGGUGAGGCCGGGCCGCGUGCGCAGGGCGGGGGGCGCGGGCCGCCGGCGCAGCGCGGGCCUCAGGCUGCAGGGCGCCCCCGAGCCCCGCAGGAGCAGCACCCUCUCCGGCUCCGCCAGCAACCUGGCCUCCCUGACGGCAGCCUUGGCCAAGGCCGAGGGCCCCGCGACACUCCGGGCCGACCGGAGCCACAGGAACCCCGAGAACCGCAAGUCCUGGGCCAGCUAAGCCGCGCCCACCGCACCCUCCCUGGUGGCGUCCUCCCGGGCCGGCGACACUGACGCGGUGGCGGUGCUGCCGAGCCUUGCUGCCCACAGCCCUGGGUCGGAGCAGAGUGGGCCGUGUCGCCUCAGACCCCCUCCCCCGGGGAGCAGGGCCCACAAUGCUUCUUAGACGCUGCAGGGCUGAGGGCCUCGCUGCUUCUCCGAGGCCUCUGGAAGCUCUGUUUCUUCCUCUGCCCGGACAACCAGGCGGCUUCACGGCAGGUGGCGGCUGUGGAGCUCCAGGAGCCCAGAGUGGCCCUGGGCAUGGGGAGCGGGGUGCCCUGCGGCCUGGGCUGUUCCCACCUGGCGGUGUUGCUCUGUCUUCUGCUCUGGUGACCCCAUUAACCUCUUAAUUUAAAAAAUAAUCCUAACUCGUGCCUUCCCUUCCCUCAGGGGCAGGCUGUCCUCUCUCCGCCCCGGCUGGUGCCUAGACUCUCCUCCGCGCCCCAAGUCCUGGCUGCUCCUCAGGCUCCCACCACCCCUCUCGGCCCUCGCCCCCCUCGCCCCAAGUCCCCACAGUCCUGCGGCAUCCGUGCCUGGCCAGUCUCCUGAGGCUUCUGGCACGAUGGCCUGUGUGCCCGAGGGGCCCUGGGCUGACUCCCCACCUUUCCCUCUUCCUUUCCACAGGGUGUCUCAGACAUUUCUCCCUGGGUGUUUCAGCAUCUUUAUACCUGGAAAGUUCUUCCUCUUUGCCACUUAUUCCCUUACCAGAAUGCUUGGAAUAUAUUUAUUUAUAUUUAUUUUUUCAAAAUUCGGAAUUGUUUGCGAGCCACAAUCGUGUGCCCGGGUGUGAGUGCCCAUGGCCUGCCUUGCACGUUGCACCUCUGCAGCCACUUGGGAGCUGCCCACCUCCCGCCUCGGGCGGAGCUUCCUAGAGGGGCCAGAGGAUGACACCCCCUUAGGUUUCUUUGGUGCAGAUACACAAGUGGCCUUAUUCUAAGGUGACAGUGAAAAUUUGGAGAAUUGCCUUGUGCUUCUGGCCUUGAUGGCAAAGUCAGAGGCAUCACGACCUUAUCUGGUGCAGUUUUGGUUUCUGGGGGUCCUUAGACCAGUGUAACUUAUUGGUAGUUCUAUGCCCAGGGGCCUGCGGCUUGCCAGGUGGGCCCUGGAGCAAGAGCCCCUCGCCGGCCCUGUGGCCGCCCCCGUGUUUGUCCCUUGGACCCUUGGAGAGCCACAGACCAGGCCGGCCUAGAGAGCACAGGCUGGCCAGCCUGAGACACCCCAGAGCAUCGCCACCUCCUGCCAGGGCCUGGCUGGUCCCGGAGCCCCUCCUGCCGGGCUCCGUCGGGGGAUUUGGGGCCUGGUGGCAGCCGGGUGCUGUGGGCGGUGCUGGGGGGCAGAGGCAGGGCUGCGGGUGGGACUCCGUCCGGGGCCAGGGCUGUGGUCUUUCCGCAGGCGGUAAGCAGCCUGGUGACCUCCUGCUGCAAGUGCGCCGCCCCUGCUGCCUGUCACCUCAAGAGCCCGGAGCCGGGAGGACCCCCCAGCCCUGCGCUAGGAUUUGCACACAGCACUCUCGCUGCCUCUUUUUACUCCUCAUGUUUAGACUCAAAAACGACAUCCAGAAAGCGGUUAUUUUGAGAAAUCUCUGGUUCUCUAGGGAUUUGCAGCCCCUCAGGAGGGGUGAUGCCAGGUUCCCUGCCCCCAUGGGCUGCGUGGGGCCUGCGGCCGGCCGGGGAGGCAGAGUCCCCGGGGCCACACGGCCUGCGCUCGCUCCCACCCGGGGGCUGGGGGGCCGGUGCCACCCUAGCUUCUGUUCAUCGCCUCCCACGGGCUGCCCCGCCUGGGCCAACAGACUGUGGCUGGAAUGGGUCGCUGCCACUUAGCUCGGGCUGGCCUGGCCACCCUCUCACCCUGGAGCUGCGGGUCUGCCGUGUCCGCGGGCGAGGGGACGGGCUGGGAGAUGCAGAGCACAGCCUCUUACAUGUGGCUUUAGUUCAGCGGAGAGGCCCAGUUUGGGAGCUGGAAGGGUCUUCUCACAGAGAACAGCUGAAACGUAGGGAAGCUCCGUGAUCAUCUCCCAUUUACAGCAGCCCCGAGGCCGCCUCUGCAGCGCCCACCGGCACAGGGCCCCGCAGGGGAGCAGACGGCGCUGCCCUCGUGUCUGUCCCCGCCCACGGGCAGCCCUGGCCCAGGAGGGAGGUGCCUUGUUGGUGGGUGGCCCUGAGAGGGCCGGCCAGGAGGCCCAACUCCUUCCCGCAGGGCGGGCGGCGUGGGCGCGGGCCCCCCUCAGGCGGGCGCUGCUUUGUGUUCCUUCCUGUCUUGGGCUGGCGUUUUGGGGAGCACCUGCCGGGCGUGCGUCCCUGAAUUAAGUGCUGUCAGUCUGCUCUGCUUCUGCUCUCACCCUCCUCCCCAGCACAGACGUUCUCCUGAAAGGCUGCUUUCCCUUAGAAGGUUUUCUCUCCUCCCCCAUCGUCAGUUUGGUCCCCUCCUCAGGUACCAGCACCACCCCUUCUUCGAGGGGAGCAGCUCAGGUGACCUGGCCAGGGGCUCGUUGGAGAAAGGUGGUGUGGGUGUUCCUGAUCUUCAUUUACGUCCCGAAGCACUUGUUGGGGCCCAUGUGCCCUGUAAGGUGGUGUCAGCAACCAGGACAGGGGUGUCCUGCUCUCUUUCUGUCGUUUGGCUCAAUUAGAAUAGAAUAGACUGCAGUGGAACUCCUGAUGAGCUGGGAGUGAUCCUUCAGCUGUUGUCCCAGGAGGUCAUUGCCCCAGGAGGUCUGGCGGGACCCCCUUCCUCUCUUCCCCUCUCUCUCAUCCUCCCCCUCAGGCGGCCCAGCACGGCUUCACUGUCUCCCCUGGGCCUGCUGUUCAAAUCUUCCUCGUUUCUGCCUGAGAUUCCCCCCAGCCCUGCCACUCCUGGGUCCCAGCAGCUCCCCCCAGAAGCAGCAUGUCCUGUGUCCUCAGGGUGCCUCAGAGCUUUGAGCUUUGGCAGGCGGCUUGGUGUGUGGGGAGGGAGCCGGGUCUCCUGGGAGGAGAGUGCUGUCGCUGCCCUUCAUGACGGGAGCUCUCGGCUUGCCCGGGUUUUCUUACAGUGAAGUGUGUUUGGGGCCCGCAUUUGGGGCCAUCCUGGUGGUGCGAGAUAUGUUUGUCCCAUUGGUGUUCUUGGUGAGCUGUGCCUGGGAGGUCAACACGUGGGCCUGUCCUGGGCUGGGGGAGGCUCGCCUGGCCACCUGGGCAUCCUCGUCCUUCAGCAUCGCUAUCAGAACACAGCGCACUUGACCCGGCCCUCCUGACCCAGCUCUGGCCCCACGGACAUCCUGGGACCCAGGAGGGCAGGAGCGGCAGUUCUGGAAGGACAGUAGGGGGUGGGAGCCGUGCUGGAUCCUUGCAAGGGCACAGGGGUUGCAGUCUUGCCCUUCCUGUCUUCUUGCUCCACACCCUGCACAUCACUUUAGGGCCAGCGUGUGACGGGUCAUGACGGUCAAGUAGGGUGCCGCGGGAGGCUCAUGGUGUCGCUUGACUGCUCUCCACCUCUGCUUUUUCUAGUGUCUUUGAAGGAAGCCUGCCCUGCUCCAGUGUCACUGUUUUUUUUUUUUGAGGAACAUUAGCACUGAGCUAACUGCUGCCAAUCCUCCUCUUUUUGCUGAGGAAGACUGGCCCUGAGCUAACAUCCAUGCCCAUCUUCCUCUACUUUAUAUGUGGGACACCUACCACAGCAUGGCGUUUGCCAAGUGGUGCCAUGUCCACACCCAGGAUCCAAACCGGUGAACCCCAGGCCACCGAGUAGCGGAACGUGCGCACUUAACCGCUGUGCCACCGGGCCGGCCCCCAGUGUCACUGUUUUUACCUUGGCUUCUCCGCACAGACUAAUGUUAACCUGUGACUGGAAAAGCAGUGACAUGUAGUAGACGAGGUCACUAAAGCCAUGAGCCCAGGCACUCCCCACAACCUGGUAUAUGUUGGGCCUAAGAUGCGGGCUCGAGAAUCCUGUGAGGGUAGGAGGUCGAGGGAGGGGCUCCAUCUCAUCUGUCUUUUCGUCUCACCCUACUAAUAAACAGGCCUAAUUUUAGAUGAAGUGUCAGCAUUAGGAAUCAAGCUGGGACUUGUAGCAGGUUCCCAGCUCUGGGAUUUGGUCUGGCAGCAGGAGGGGAUGGGCCACGUGGACGCUGGGGCCAGGGGAGUGUGCCUCCGCAGUGCAGUCUGGCUCUGGGCACCACAUGAGCACCCCCAGGCCUAUGGCAGACACCAGGCAGGGACCCUCCUGCGCCUCUGCCUCCCACUCUGCCCAAGCACAGUCACUGCUGGCCCCAAACCCCAGGGGGCUUCACGGGCAGUGGGGUCUGGCUGUCCCAGAUGCCCAGCCCGGCCAGAGGGAGCAGGACCUCUCUGGCCGGCAAGAAAACGUGGCCAGCGUGAAGGGCCUUGUGUGUUUAGUGAGAGACUUGAGCUGUGAAAGGGCUGUUGAGGAGUUUGAAAGGCUUCGCAGGCGUUUAGGUCCCGUUGCUUCCUUUCAUUUUCUCCUCUUGGCUUGAAGUUCCCUGUAUGUGAAAUGACUAGAAGUUCAUGGGUAUUUAUUUUCCUGGCUAAGAUUAGCCCCGCUUGGCCGCCUGUGGGCCCACGUCUCUCAGGGCUGUCAGCUCCCAGGGCAGCCACCUGUCUGUCGUGCCUUACCUCUGGGGACCAGGACUGCAGCCUGUGUUUUACGCCGAAGACGCUGCCUCGAUUCUCCCCACAUGCGUCUUUCUUUCAGAGAAGUCCGUUGUGCCUUCUGCCCGGCUGCUGACACUAAUCGUGUUGGGGGAGUCUUGGAACGUCUUCCCUCUGUGCGGAGUUCUGUGAAUAUGAUGGGUUCACAUAUGAAGAAGAGAUUUUGAUCGGGGGAGUAUAUUGAUUUGCUACACAUGAAAUGGGAUUUAAAAAAUCCAAAGACUCUGUAAUGAAUUGUAAAGACUUAAUGAUUUGUAUUGUAUAAUGAACUAAAUCUCUGUAAUUUUGUACCAUAUAUGCCUUUCCGUCAUAUGACCAGCAGCUUCUAAAUAAAACCAGAUGAUUUCUUGCCUA